AUGGCUGGACUAACAACUAAUUACAGCGAGUCUUGCGCUCGACAUACUUGCAAUCAACUAGGAAUAUUAACUCUUCUAAGCUGUGUAACACAUCACUUGGGCUACUCUAACAAUAAAUUAUUUACCCCAAAAAACAACAACGAUCAUAGCCGCGAAGAAUAUGAUUUUAUUAUUGUGGGAGCUGGAAGUGCUGGAUGCGUUGUCGCAAAUCGUUUAAGUGAAAAUAUGAAAUGGAAGGUCCUAUUACUCGAGGCCGGAAAUGAAGAACCAAUAGAGACUGAUAUUCCAGGCAUGUGGUUUAAUUUCGUUGACAGCAGUUUGGAUUAUAAAUACCAAAUUUCUGUCGAUUCGAUUCAAUCAAAAAAUUCACUAGCACAAAGAUAUACCCGAGGAAAAGUUAUGGGUGGAAGUAGUGCUAUAAAUGGCAUGUUUUACACUCGUGGUAAUAAAGAAGAUUAUAAUGAUUGGGCUAGACUUGGGAAUACGGGAUGGAGUUGGGAUGACGUAUUACCUUACUUUAAAAAAUCUGAAGAUGCAAAAGGAUUUCAGGAUUCGAAAUAUCACGGAACUGGUGGAUAUUUGACUGUGGAACCGCCUCCUCAAACUGAUCGUUACUUUCCUAUAUUUGUAAACGCCUGGAAAGAUAUCGGUUUAAAUGAAACUGAUUCUAAUACUGGAAAUCAAGUCGGUGUGGGCCCAGCUCAGUUUACAACUUUUCAAGGAUCUCGAAUGAGCUCAAAUAAGGCAUUUAUUCGACCUAUCCGUAGUACUAGACAAAAUUUGACUAUCAAAACAAAGGCUCAAGUUAUUAAGGUCAUUAUAGACCCCAAAACUAAAGAAGCUAUUGGUGUACAAUACGAAAUCAAAAGUUCAUCGGGUAACAUAAUUAAAGAAGCAUACGCAUCUAAAGAAGUUAUUCUUUCCGCUGGGGUGAUAGAGUCACCUAAACUUUUGAUGCUAUCCGGAGUUGGACCAACCAAAUAUCUUAAACGAUUCAACAUUAAAAUUAUGAAGGACCUUCCAGUGGGUCGCAAUUUUCAAGAUCACGUAAUGGUACAAGCAGCUAUUUUUGAUAAUGAGAAGGUUUCGCCUCCUACAUCUUGUCAAACAGUCGAAAAUGAUUUAGUCCAUUGGUUUAAUGAACACAAAGGUCCGUGGUCUAUUCCGAAUGGCGCGGGUAUUGUCGCUUACCAGCAAAGUAAAUUCGAAAAAAGACCUGGUGUUGCUGACUUACAAUAUUUUGUUUUGCGCAAUCGACAAUCCAAUAUAACAGGUCCGUACCUUGAUAGUUUUCAAAUUAUUUUGAUAUUAUUAUCUACAAAUCAUCGAGGUUACGUGCGAUUGAACGAAACCGAUCCUGUCAGAGGUAAUCCAACAGCUCGUUUUGAUUCACUUCCUAGCGAACAAGAUAUGAAAGUUUUGGUGGAUGGAGUCAAAUUUGCUCGUCGAUUAGAUCGUAGUAAAGUACUUAGAGAUAACGGAAUUAAUUUGUUGAAAAAACCUAUAAAAUAUUGUGAACAAUUUGACUUCAACAGUGAAAGUUAUAUAAACUGUUUGAUAAAAAUUACCAUAGGCGCUGGAAUGCACGGUGUCGGCACGUGUAAAAUGGGUAUUUCAAAAGAUGCCGUAGUGGAUCCAAAAUUAAAAGUUCACGGAAUCAAAAGAUUGAGAGUAAUUGACGCAUCGAUAAUGCCAACAGUAGUAAAAGCAAACACUAAUGCUCCCGCAAUAAUGAUUGGCGAAAAGGGAAGCGAUUUGGUUAAAAAUGAUUGGUUAUAA